CGGCGCCGACCUUCGUUUUCCCCCACUCUCACUCCAUUCCCGUUCUCGAAGCUCCUCUUUGGAACCCUAAAACUCCUAUUCAUUGUGAAUCUUCUUCAUUCCAAGAACCUCGUUCUUCAAUCAGGGCACAUUUGGAGAGCUAAUUGAGUUUCUAUUAUCAUAACUGGAGAUAUACCUACAACCACCAUGGACUCACCUCAGAGUAGUGGUCUAAGAAAACUGAAACCAGUUAUUGUGAAACAUGAGGAAUUCGAUUUCUCUAAGCUUGAAGAUAGGCCUAAGACUCUUGGCAUAGAACGUCACAGAUCUUGUGAUGAGAAGGCCAUGCAUGAUCUUUCAGUUAGAAGUCUGUCCGCUAUGCCAUCUUUCAAGAACGGAAGCUCAAGGUCUCAUGAAAAUCUUGAAACUAUACCUUCUCCUGAUAAAAGGUCUGUUAUAAACACUCCAAAGGGAUCUUACUUUUCUGAGGCUUCCCCAUUGAUGGCGGAAGGUUGGGAAGCCCUCCAACGAUCAUUGGUUUAUUUCAGAGGUUUACGAGUAGGGACUAUUGCUGCAUUGGAUCACUCAGAGGAAGCCCUUAACUACAAUCAGGUGUUUGUGAGGGACUUUUUUCCAAGUGCUCUUGCAUUUAUGAUGAUGAAGGAGCCCGAAGUAGUCAAAAACUUUCUUCUAAAAACACUUCGUCUGCAAUCAUGGGAAAAGACAAUUGACCGCUUCAAACUAGGACAGGGGGCAAUGCCUGCAAGUUUUAAAGUUCUCCAUGACCCUGUUCGAAAUCAUGAUACUUUAAUUGCUGAUUUUGGGGAAAGUGCAAUUGGAAGAGUUGCUCCUGUGGAUUCUGGAUUUUGGUGGAUAAUAUUGCUUCAAGCCUACACCAAGUAUACUCAUGAUCAAUCUUUAUCUGAAAUGCCUGAAUGCCAGAAGGGCAUGCGACUUAUUUUGACCCUGUGUCUCUCGGAGGGCUUUGAUACAUUUCCCACAUUACUUUGCGCUGAUGGCUGUUGCAUGAUUGACCGCAGGAUGGGCAUCUAUGGCUAUCCCAUUGAAAUACAAGCACUAUUUUUCAUGGCUUUGAGAUGCGCCUUGGCUUUGCUUAAGCAAGAUGAUGAGGGGAAGGAAUUUGUGGAGCGAAUAACCAAACGCCUUCAUGCCUUGAGCUACCACCUGCGGAGCUAUUUUUGGCUCGAUUUUAAGCAGCUCAAUGAUAUUUACCGCUACAAAACAGAAGAAUACUCCCAUACCGCAGUAAACAAAUUCAAUGUCAUGCCUGACUCUCUUCCGGAUUGGGUUUUUGAUUUCAUGCCUACUCGUGGUGGUUAUUUCAUUGGAAAUGUUAGUCCUGCCAGAAUGGAUUUUCGUUGGUUUUGUUUGGGUAAUUGCAUUGCGAUAUUAUCAUCCUUGGCGACACCAGAGCAAUCUGCUGCCAUUAUGGAUUUAAUAGAAGAGCGUUGGGAGGAGUUGGUUGGUGAAAUGCCCAUGAAGGUUUGUUAUCCAGCUAUUGAAAGUCAUGAGUGGCGAAUAGUCACAGGGUGCGAUCCAAAAAACACCAGGUGGAGUUAUCACAAUGGAGGAUCUUGGCCAGUGCUUCUCUGGCUUCUAACUGCUGCAUGUAUCAAAACUGGGCGUCCUCAAAUAGCAAGACAUGCAAUUGAGCUCGCAGAAGCAAGGUUGUCGAAGGACAACUGGCCAGAAUAUUAUGAUGGGAAGCUUGGGAGAUACAUAGGGAAGCAAUCCCGGAAGUUACAGACAUGGUCCAUUGCUGGUUACCUGGUGGCCAAGAUGAUGCUUGAGGAUCCAUCACACAUAAUAAUGGUAUCCCUUGAGGAAGACAAGCAAAUGAGACCCCCUCUCAAGAGAUCAUCUUCAUGGUCCAGCUGAUCCUUCAUAUUAAGCCGCCUCAAACAGAUGCCAACAAAACAAGAUGAAAAUUGAUGGAUAGGAUUGAUAAGUAAAAAUGAAAAGUAGAAAACUGAUUCAAACACUAGAUUGCUCUGCAUUUAAUUGAAUAUAUCAACUCAGCUCAGUAGAAAAAGAGAUGGUGGAUGGAAAUUUUGUUGUUUUGAGCUAUUAAACGCUAGUGCCAACUAAAGGGUCUUAGUUUUGUUCCUUCUUUAUUUCUA